UAUUAUAAUAUUGACAUCAGGGGUUUCGUUACGAAUCGUUUUUCGAGGACACAGCACGUUAAUCGUGAUAUAGUUUAUUAAAAUAUAAUAAAGGAUUUGAUUACAGUGGAAUUAAAAAGAACAUUUAAUCCAUACCUUAAAACGUGUCGAAUCUAGUGUUCUGAAUCAUCAGAAAGCUUUUCGAUCACGGAAGCCACGGUAGUUUCUCGCAGCAAGGUCCUCAUGUUGAGUCGCGUGUCAUUUGCAAGUAAAUUAUUACUUUUUCGUUAUAUUCCCCCCUUUUCAAUCCCAACCCAUAGAAAUCUCUUUACCGCCCGGUUUGUCAUGACUAUGGAGAGAUGCGUAGUUAGAUGUUUGCCGUGUGAGUCCAAACUGACCAUCUCGUUUACUCUCGACGGCAGUAAUAAACAGAUGCUGCGCGAGCAAACAGAACCGUUAGGGAAAGUUCUGUCUCGAAUAGCGUCCGGCGUCAUCAAAACACGAAGCAAAGCGAGUAGAUUAAAGAAAAACAACGGGAAAAGUGAGACUCCGGAAGUGGAUAAACCCCAAAUCAGUCUGUGUGUAAAUGGAGAUCACGUGUCCGUGGAGACCGUGAACUCUGAUGCUUGGUUGGAUGGGGCUGUGCUUCAUGUGGGGGAUUUGAAGUACAAAGUGGAACGAAACCCUCCAACAUUCACUGUAUCCGAGCUGCCAUCGUCUCUAAUGUCCGGCUUUCCAGUUUGUCCCAAGCUGGAGAUAGAGUUUGGAGAUCUCAAGGACUGUAAGUUCAUAUGGCUCAAGGAAAGCUCACCCAAUGCCCAAAUGAGAGGAGAUCCAGACUGCUGGAGGGAGGCAGGACAUGAACGUGUGUUUACACCAUCUAAUCAGGACAUUGGUUUAAGGGUGAUGUUGAAAUGCACACCAGGGAAUGGAUCCAAAUUUGGGGGACCCAAGGAGCUGGUGUCUUCAGGUGCAGUAGAAGCCGGUCCAGGAACGUGUACCUUUGAUAACAGGCACAUUUACACUCAGAAACUCACAGAUGAUUCUUCACUGAGGGUUGUGUCUUAUAACAUCCUUGCUGACGUCUACGCUCAAACUGAUCUGUCCAAAACGGUGUUGUACCCUUACUGUGCACCAUACGCCUUAGAAAUGGACUACAGGCAGAAUCUGAUCAAGAAGGAGCUGUCGGGGUACAACGCUGAUCUAAUUUGCCUCCAGGAGGUGGAUAAGAGUGUUUUUUUAGAUAGUUUAUCUCCUGCGUUGGAUGCUUUUGGGUUUGAAGGGGUUUUCAAAAUCAAGGAAAGACAGUAUGAAGGUCUGGCGACGUAUUUUAGAAGGUCAAAGUUGAAGUUGCUGGAGCAGUAUGAUGUUGUGCUGAGCGGGGCCUUGGCGGCAGAUCCUCUUCAUAGGGAACUGUUGGAGAAAGUGUCCACCAAUCCCAUCUUGAAAGAGAAGAUCGAAACCAGGUCAACGGUGUUGCAGGUGACCAUUCUGCAGUCGUUAUGCGACCCAUCAAGGAUAUUGUGUGUUGGAAACACACACCUGUACUGGCACCCUAAAGGAGGAAACAUUCGACUGGUCCAGAUGGCUGUGGCCCUGAAGUACAUGAAGCAGGUGGUGACGGAGAAGCAUCCCGGAGCCAGGCUUAUAUUCGCGGGGGAUUUCAACAGCACGCCCUCCUCCGGCCUCUUCCAGCUCGUCUGUCAGGGAUCCGUCUCGGAGAAUCAUGACGACUGGGCCUCCAAUGGCCCAGAAGAGCAGAUCCAGGCGGGACUCACUAACCCGUUCCAGCUGGCCAGCGCUUGUGGGGUCCCGGCCUACACCAACUACGUAGGGGGCUUCCAGGGGUGUCUGGACUAUAUAUUUGUGGAGCCGCAUGUGCUACAGGUGGAACAGGUCAUUCCUCUGCCCAGUCACGAGGAGGUCACGACCUCUCUGGCCCUGCCGAGCGUCUCGCACCCGUCUGAUCACAUCGCGCAGGUGUGUGACCUCAAGUGGAGAACAACUGACUAACAUUUGCUUCAAAUAUGUCCAUGCACAUCAAUCAUCACGUUACUUGGACCAUAUUAUAACUAACAAAAAAAAUUGAGCUUUUAAACGAUCAGAUUUUCAUUUCAGCAUUGUAUUUGUAUAUAUAUCAUAUAUAGGUUCAUUCUCACUUGUACAAUUUAAUAUUUAUGAUGAGGAUGAAUUAUUGUGUGACAUUUAUCAAAUGACUAUUGACUCCUACUUGGCGAUAUUAAAAGCUGCAUUUAAAAUAUGAUUGUUUUUAAAUUCUUUUGCUUUUCAAACUGGAAGAAUGAAAAUGGUUCAGAAAAAUAACCAAAUUCUCUUGAAUAGAAGCACUGAAUACUAUUGUUUUCAGUGAUGCACAAUGUUAGCAUCAAGAAAAUAGUUUGGUUUCAAGACUCUGUAAAGUACGGAGGCGUAUUUCAUU